CUGCACGAGCGAAAGAUCCAGAAACUUCUUUCGGACAGCGCGAGCGAGGCCACGGUGACUUAGAUUCUAGAUGCGUCAUUGCGCACAACAACAACGAGGAAAAGCAGUUGCUGGGCUAGGAUUGAUAUUUACAUUUUGCCCCGUCGUUUUUCGCUACAGAAGAGAAUAUCCAACAACACAUCGUGGCUAAUACUGCGGUCUGGAGUGGGAAGAAAUAGAUAGCAAGAGAUGUACGUGUGGAACGGAGGGUGCCAACGUUAGCGUGCAAUGCAUGGGAUGCAUAUUCUUGCAAAUGCGAGGCAGCCAGCAACAGCGAAGUGGUAUGACAGAAGGGACUCUGUCUUUAUUGAGUUCCUGGUAGAAGACAGCAAAGAUCUACAAGUGAAGUUUGAAAAAUCAAAACUUGAUUUCCGUUGUGUUGGUGGGAUUGAAACCAUCAAACACCAUAAUGAAUUGGACCUUUUUGACUCAAUUGAUCCCAAUGCAUCCAAGCACAAACGUACAGACAGAUCAGUGUUGUGUUGUCUAAAGAAAGCAGAGGCAGGAAGAGCAUGGCCACGGUUAACAAAAGACAAGGCAAAAUUUCAAUGGCUGGGUGUCGACUUCAACAACUGGAAAGACUGGGAAGAUGAUUCUGAUGAGGAUCUGUCCAGUUUCGACAAGUUCUCAGAGAUGAUGAAUACGAUGGGAGGAGAAGACGGCAUGCCAGAUCUGGGCAUGGGUGGUAUGGAAGGUCUCGAAGAGCACGACAGCGAUGAUGAAAAGAUGCCAGACCUGGAGUAAUGGUGCAUAUAAAGUCUUGUAACCGAUGACGACAAGAAAUGAAAGCCUCGAAGGUUGGUUGAAGAGAGAGACGAGUUGAGUUGGUAGCCAUAUUUGAAAAAGGAGGAAAUAUCAGCAGUUUUCCAAACACGUCAGAGGAACCUCACUGAGGAGAGACUGUAUCUGUCGUAAUGGCAUCACAGCAGAGCAUUCUCCAGCCAAUGUCUUAGUGCUGUGCUUUGCUGUUCUAAUUCUGCAUGGACAAUUCAGUUGUUUCCAUGAUGUGUUGUGGGGUUCAGUUAUACCGUGCUUUAACUUAACCACCAGGGGUGCCUUCAGCAGGGAACAGCGUUAUGGAACGUUCAGAUAGAAUUACGUCAUGUAGAACAAAGGUGCCACUGACAUGUAGAAUGAAGGAAUCGUGUCGGCUCAUCGUAUUUCAAUCUGCAACGUUUGACAAUGUUUUCCUACUGAAUGUGGCCCUGCUCUGAUGGGAUAGUCUGAAAGUUACACCCCACCUCUCCACCUUUUUAUUUAAUAACGUCAGUGAGGUUACGAAUUAAAUAUCAACAUAAUUGUAAAUUCUAACUGAAGAAAAAACAUGUUUUAAAACAACUGCCUAUUUUCAAUAAAGUUGUUUCUUUUUUUGUAAUGAAAAA